GUCAACGGAGCAACUGUCAAUCUCCCAGUGAACCUCAAUCAAGGAGAGACCGUCAUUUUCCAGCAUGGAGCGUAUGUCAUUCUGAAAACAACAUUCAACCUGGUUGUGAGCUACGAUCUGAUGCAAAACCUCUUCGUCGUCCUUCCUCCCCAAUACAUGGGACAAACCUGUGGGCUCUGUGGGAAUUUCAACCGGGUGGCCCACGAUGACUUUGCGAUGCCCAACGGCUCUUUAGCAAUGGAUGUCUUCCAAUUUGCGGCCAGCUGGAAUUCCGAGAGUAGCUGUAAGGAUGUCUCCCCUCCUGGUUCUUACUCAGAAUGUUUGGAGAAGGAACAGCUCCUCCAGGCGAAAUACAAAUGCUGGAUCAUUCAAAAUCCCCAGGGGCCCUUUGCUUCUUGUCAUUCCCAGGUUACUCCUGGGCCCUACAUGCGUGACUGCAUAUUGGACCUUUGCAUCUCUGCCUUGGAACACAGUGUCCUAUGCCACUCCAUUCAGAACUACGCAGCAGCCUGCCAACGACAAAAUGUAAACAUUUCUGCCUGGAGGAACGAGAGUUUCUGCUAUUUUCAGUGCUCAGAACAUAGUCACUACAAGCUCUGCAAGAACUCUGUGGAUAAAGAAUGUUCUGCUAGUUGGCUUCAGGAUAUCCAAGGCAUCGCUUGCUCCGAAGGAUGUGUCUGUGAUGAUGGGUACUAUCAGAGUGUCGACAAGUGUGUCCAGCUGGAACAGUGCGGUUGCACGCAUGAUGGACGCUAUUAUAAAAUUGGAGAGCACAUCUGGCUGCCCGGUUGUGCUAAAAAAUGCCGCUGUGACCCCCGUGGCAAUUUUCGCUGUUUCCCAGCUAGAUGCAAGAUGGAUCAACAAUGCACAUUGAAGGGGGGACAGUAUGGCUGCCACAGUUUCCUGACCACCUGCGUCAUCACAGGAGAUCCUCAUUAUUUCACCUUUGAUGGUGCACUGGUGCACUUCCAGGGUAUCUGUGACUAUGAGGUCUCUCACACUUGCAACUCCACCCUGGAUUUCUCCUUCCGAGUUGUCAUUCAAAACCGACACUUCCAGAAUCCCAGAGUUUCCUUUGCUUACCGGGUGGAAAUCUGGUUUCAGAUGCACCAAUCUAGUUUCCAUGUUUUCCUUGAGCGAGGCAAAGCUGUCCACGCAUCACCUGUCCAGUUAACAAAUACUACGACUUUUGCGGCCCAGCUUGUCCUGCCACAUGUGCCAACCUCCAGGCCCCUGCCCUUUGCAAAAAACCUUGCGUCCCGGGCUGCGUCUGCAGGGAAGGCUAUGUCCUGAAUGCCGGCAUCUGCGUACCUCUGAAACUCUGUGGCUGCACGCUGAAUGGCCGCUAUUACCAGCUGGGAGAACGAGUGAUCCUGGGGGACGCUUGUAACCAAAGAUGCAUCUGCGUGCAAGCUGCUCACCCAAUGGAAUGUCAGGAACUAGCCUGCAAAGCUCAGGAAAUGUGCAAAGUUGUGGGUGAUGUACGGGGUUGUUACCCAAUGACAUUUGGCCUGAUGCAACUAUAUGGCCCUUCAAACUACGUCACUUUUGACGGUGUUCCUUUUAGCUUUCAAGGGGCCUGCAAAUACACCCUCGUUUCAUACUGUGGCCCUCCAGGAAAGCUUCCCAGCUUCAACAUUCAAGUAUUAAAUAUGCAUAAGGACUCUGUCUUGGUAUCCUGGAUAAAACAGUUGGAACUUGAAAUCUAUGGGGAGAAAAUAAUUGUAGCAAAAGGGCAGCAUGGCUUAAUAAAGGUGAACGGCCUCCUAAUGAAUCUGCCCAUCACCCUUGCGAUGGGAAAACUCUAUGCCUAUUCUACUACUGCCUUCCUCACUAUUGAGACCGAUACGGGCCUCUCUGUUUCCUAUGAUUGGUCUCACCACGUGUCGGUUUCAGUUCCUGAAAUUUACUCGGGGUCCCUCUGUGGCCUUGGCGGAGAUUUCAACCAGAAUCGCCACAACGACUUCAGGACUCCCAGAGGUUUGGUGGUUCAGGAUCCAGAGACUUUUGGCAACAGCUGGAAAGAUUCUGGCUCCCCAUUCCACUGCGCAGCUGUCGGGCCUUUACCAAAUUGCAGUGAAACGGAAUUGGCCCAAUACCGAUCUCUGGAUUAUUGUGGACUCAUUCGUGAUACGAAUGGGCCAUUUCAAGACUGUCAUGACCCAAUGGAGGCUCAGUCUUACACAGAGCAUUGUGUCAAGAUCCUAUGCGCAACACGGGGCAGCCACAAGAUUCUGUGUGAAGUGCUAUCUACGUAUGCCCAGAGAUGUCAAGCAAACCACAUCAAGAUUCAGCCAUGGGGAAAGAUCACAGGGUGUGCAUCCCAUAGAGUUGGAGACCUUCUCUGGCUUUCUGAUUGCACAAAAAGGUGCAGCUGUGAGAAUUCGUCGGCCUUUCACUGCGUCCCAGCCAGUUGCAAUCCUGGCCAGCAAUGUGCAGUUCAGGAUGGAAAGCUGGGCUGUAAGAAUCAGCUGACCACUUGCACAAUUUCUGGAGACCCUCACUACUUCACAUUUGAUGGGGCCGUAGCCCAUUUCCAGGGCAGUUGUGCUUAUGAGAUCUCGAAGACACCCAACUCCUCCUUGGAUUUCUCCUUCCGGGUUGUGGCUACUAAUAAGAAUUUCCGGAAUCCCCGAGUAUCUUUUAUUUACCGAGUGGACAUUUGGCUUAGCUUCAAACAGUUCAGUUCUCACGUUGUUUUGGAACGAGGAAAAGCCGUGAAGAUCCAGAUUGCCCAGCCAACAGCCAUUAUGAACUCUGCCAGCCACCCUGCCAGGGUUUUUGUGCUGGGGCCACAUUUAUGCAUCUCUGCAACCCCCUGUGCGCUGAAGGAUGCGUCUGUGAUGCAGGAUACUUAUGGAGUGGGAACAAGUGCAUUCGAGUUGACUUGCCCGGAGAACAGCCGUUACGUCUUUUGCGGUUCUCCCUGCCCUGCCUCUUGCACCCAACCCACUGGACCUCCAAACUGUUUCCAGAACACGUGCGUAGAAGGAUGCCAGUGUGAAGCGGGGUUUGUGCUGAGUGGCACGGACUGCGUGCCGUGGGAACGGUGUGGCUGCACCUACAACGGACGGUAUUACUUGAAAGGGGAAACCUUCUUCCUGGAAGGAGAAAACUGUAAAAAAAAGUAUCGGUGUGAUGGCGCCAUCUCUGCCAUUGAAGCUGACGGGUCCUUCUGCGGCCUGGAACAAUUCUGUGGCGCUCAGAAGGGAGUGUAUGGUUGCCACACGUUGGCAGAUGGCACAUGUCAAAUUUCUGGAUUUCUUCACUACACCACCUUUGACGGACAACCGUACAGCUUCCAAGGCACCUCUAUGUACGUCUUGGUGGAACUGUGCCCAAUGUCCAAGAUUUUACCAUCUUUCAGAGUUGAAGUGAAGAAUGAGAAGACACCUAACAGGCUUUCCCCUGAGAUAUCAAUGGUACUGGUUCUAGUGGACACCACCCAGAUAUAUCUGCAGAGAGGGCACCACGGGAGGGCCUUGAUCAAUGGUGUAGCUGUGCGCCUUCCUGUCCAUUUGAAAACCCAGAAGAUUGCCAUUUAUCAACAUGGAUUUUAUGUUGUUUUAACAACUGACUUUGGUUUAACCAUGAGUUAUGACCUGGCACACAGCCUCUUUGUAACCCUUUCUCCUAAAUACCAAGGGCAAGUAUGUGGGAUGUGUGGGAAUUUCAAGAGAGCCAAUGACGGCGAUUCUAACGUGCAAAUCAGCUCCGUAGCAAAACACCCCUUGAACCUUGCCAGCUUCUGGAGUUCAUCCGCCAUCACAGGUAGCUUCGUGCCUCCUAAAUUUGUUAAGGAACAUCUCAUCCAGUCUAAAUCCCUGUGCUGGAUCAUCCAGAACGCCGAUGGGCCGUUUGCUUCUUGCCAUUCUCUGGUCGAUCCCGAACCCUAUUUCACGAAUUGCAUUUUGGAUCUUAAUGCGUCCGCUGGGGAUCCGAAAGUCUUGUGCCUUUCCAUUCAGACAUAUGUAGCAGCCUGCCAGAGAGCCAAUGUCACCCUCAGAUGCACCAAUGACACGGGUGCCCUUGCACCCUGCACAAAUCACCUAGAAUUGGAGCAAAAGUGUGCAAUCCUCACAGAUCAAUCUGGGCCUUUCUCAGAGUGCCACUGGCACGAGAAACCUGAUCCCUAUUACAAUUCCUGCAUUUUUGAUCUCUGCCAGUACGGACAAGGCCACGACAUGCUGUGUGCGGCUAUCGAAACCUAUGAGGAGAUGUGCCAGAGUCUCGGGGUGCAGGUGCUCAGCUGGAGGGAAGAGCUGGGAUGUGCUAUUACCUGCCCACCCAAUGCUUACUACGAUUUCUGUGGCACAGCCUGCCCACUCACUUGCGCCAACUACACUGCUCUCAUUGAAUGCCCCAUAACGUGCGUCGCAGGAUGCACCUGUCUGGAGGGCCACGUCCUGAAUGAAGGCGCAUGCAUUCCCCUGGGACAGUGCGGCUGUCGGCACAACGGCCGUGACUAUCAGCUGGGAGAAGAGAUGGUCCUGCCAGACACCUGCAGCAAAAGGUGUUCUUGCAAACAACCUGGCCGCCCUUUGGAGUGCCAGGAGCUUACCUGUGGGCCUCGGGAGAUAUGCAAAACCGUGGGUGGCAUUUGGGACUGUUAUCCUGUGUCGUACGGGACUGUGUGGGUAUUUGGCUACUUUCACAUUAUCACGUUCAGUGGGGCGGCCUUGAGCUAUCAAGGACCAUGUACAUACAUCCUCACCCAAUAUUGUGGCCCUCCCGGAAAGCUACCUGCAUUCACCAUCCGCAUAGUAAAUGGGCACAGAUAUUCCAUUGCAGCAUCUUGGACUAGGCAACUUACACUGGAUGUCUACGGGGAACACAUCGUUGUAAAAGAAGGACAGGAAGGCAAAGUUCAGGUCAAUGGCCUAUGGAUGAAUCUGCCUGUUAUCCUGGCUUCUGGGAAGCUCCAUGCCUAUUACAGUGGAUCGUCCGUCAUCAUUCAAACUGAGUUUGGUCUCUCCAUCUCCUACGGCUGGUCUUCCUACGUGUCCGUUUCUGUUCCCGAGACUUAUUCUGGUUUCCUCUGUGGUCUGGGUGGAGAUUUCAUUGAGAACCAUCAUCAGGACUUCAGGACUCCCAACGGUUCUAUAGUUCACAAUAGAAGCAUUUUUGGCAGCAAUUGGAAGGAAAUGGAUUCCCCUUCCUUUUGCGCAGUGGUGGACGUUUCAGCCAUCUGCAAUGAAACUCAACUAGCCCUCUUCAGAUCCCAGAAUUACUGCGGGGUGAUCAGCGAUAGAGAUGGGCCAUUUAAGGAAUGUGGCAACCUUACGGGUUUUCAAAACCACAUUGAAAACUGUGUCAUGGACCUUUGCGCACAUCAGGGGGCUCGCAAGACACUGUGUGAAGCUCUCCAAAGCUAUGCUUGGCAAUGCCAGGUUCGCGGCAUCAAUAUUCAGCCUUGGAGGGAAAUGACGGAGUGCGAGUUGACCUGCCCACCAAAUAGUUAUUACGAGCUUUGUGGCUCCCCCUGCCCCGCCUCUUGCACCCAACCUGCUGGACCUCCAAGUUGCUUCCAGAGCACAUGCGUAGAAGGAUGCCAGUGUGAAGCAGGGUUUGUGCUGAGUGGCAUCGAUUGUGUGCCGUGGGAACAGUGUGGCUGCAGCUACAACGAACGGUAUUACUUGAAAGGGGAAACCUUCUUCCUGGAAGCAGAAAGUUGUCGAAAAAGGUAUCACUGUGAUGGCGCCAUCUCUGUCAUGGAAGCUGAUGGGUCCUUCUGCAGCCCGGAACAAUUCUGUGGUACUCGGAAGGGAGUAUUUGGCUGCCACAACUUGCCAGAUGGCAUCUGUCGAGUUUCUAAGUUUCUCCACUAUACCACCUUUGACGGGCAGCAGUAUAACUUCCAAGGUAACUCCAUGUACGUCUUGGUGGAACUGUGCCCACUGUCGAAGACUUCACUUUCUUUCAAGGUUGAGGUGAAGAACGAGAAGCAGCCCAACAGCCCUUUAUCUGUGCUGUCCAAGGUUAUUGUAUCAGUGAACGAUACUCAGAUAUACCUGCAGAGGGAAGAUCGAGGAACAGUCAAGAUUGAUGGAGUGAUAGCAAACCUUCCGGUUCAAAUCCAGGCUUUAGGAAUCACCAUGUAUCAACACGGCUUUUAUACCGUUUUAAAAACAGAGUUUGGUUUAAUAGUGAAUUAUGACCCGGGUCACAAUCUCUUUGUGAUGCUUUCCCCUGAAUAUCGGGGCCUGACUUGUGGACUAUGUGGGAACUUCAAUGAACUCAUGGAGGAUGACUUUAGGAUGAGAAAUGGCUCAGCUACAGAGGACAUACUGGACUUUGUCCUGAACUGGACAUCAGAAACCAAUCUUGCCGAUACUGGCGAAUCGGUUGCCUUUAUCCCCGUGUUGGAACGAGGAGAAGACCUCGCUCGUUUUAAAUCUCUGUGCUGGAUCAUCCAGGAUCCAGAUGGGCCAUUCGCUUCUUGCCAUCCCCAGGCUGAUCCACUGUCCUUCUUCACAGGCUGCAUUUUCGACCUUCAUGCCUCCUCUGGAGACCAAAGCACCCUAUGCCACUCUGUUCAGAUAUAUGUUGCAGUUUGUCAGAGAGCCAAUGUCACCAUCUCACCUUGGAGGAGAGGAGACUUCUGUGGCCUUGAUUGCCAGACUAACAGCCACUAUGAAGUCUGUGGGGUUCCCUGCCAGGAUGUCUGCUCGCAUGUUUGGGUCAAGCUUCAUUGCCUUCCCACGUGCUCUGAAGGAUGCUUCUGUGACCACGGGCAUUCACACAGCGGGGACAGUUGCAUUCCAGAACAGCAGUGUGGCUGCAUAUACAACGGGCUGAAUUAUAAGAUUGGGGACCGGGUCUGGCUACCUGGUUGCCACGAGCAGUGCAGUUGUUACGGCCCCUCUGAUUUCCGCUGUGUUGCUGCCAGUUGUAAUCCUGGACAGAUAUGUACUGUGAAGGAUGGGAAAGUAGGCUGUCACUCCCGCUGGGGAACCUGCACAGUGACUGGGGACCCUCAUUACGUCACUUUUGAUGGGUCGGUGGCACAUUUCCAAGGCACCUGUGCCUACGAGAUCUCAAAGCUUUGCAACACCUCCUCUCCGUUCUUCUACCGGGUUGUGGCACAGAAUCAGCAUCGGGGAAACGCUCGGGUGUCUUUCGUAGCUCGAGUGGAAAUCAUGCUGAAGAGCGGCGCGCUAAGCUUUCAUAUUGUCCUAAGGAGUGGCCGUAUUGUAGAGGUCAACCAGGAAAUUGUGGAACUUCCCUAUACCCUGGAACUCACAGGCUUCAUUUCCAAGAUAAAAAACAUGGUGAUUGUAAAAUUAGCAGCAAAUGUAGAAAUCCAUUACAAUGGCCAACACACUCUGUUCAUCAAAGUGGGGCGGGAGUACCAGCAGAAGCUGUGCGGGAUGUGUGGGAAUUUUAACGGUAUUCCAGAGGAUGAUAAGGUGUUGCCCGAUGGAAGCAGAGCCCAGAACGAUUUGCACUUUGGCAAUGCCUGGAAAACCGAGACCAGCCCAGCAGGGUAA